AUGGCACUGCUGGAUCCAGAUUAUGGCGUGAAAGGCAGCAGCAGCAGCAUCAUCAGGGAAUGGAGUGGGCAGGUACAGCCGGCUCUCAUCGCUUCCUUUGUGUUCCUCUUCUGCCUGGAGGCUUGCCUGUGGGUACGCAACCUGAGACUCAAGAGGAGGCUGCCAGGACCGUUCGCCUGGCCAGUGGUGGGCAAUGCCAUGCAGCUGGGCCAGAUGCCCCACAUCACCUUCUCCAAGCUGGCAAAGAAGUACGGCAACGUCUACCAGAUCCGGCUGGGCUGCAAUGAUAUUGUGGUGCUGAACGGCGACUAUGCCAUCCGCCAGGCACUCAUCCAGCACAGCACUGAGUUUGCUGGAAGACCAAACUUCGCCUCCUUCCAGACGAUCUCCGGCGGCAAGAGCAUGGUGUUCAGCAGCUACAGCAAGCAGUGGAAGAUGCAUCGCAAAGUGUCCCACUCCACGCUGCGAGCCUUCUCCUCGGCCAACAGCCAGACCAAGAAAGCUUUCGAGCAGCACGUGGCCGGUGAGGCCAUGGAGCUAGUCCAGAGCUUCCUCCGCCUCAGCAGAGAUGGACGCUACUUUAACCCGUCACACGAGUUCACCGUGGCGGCUGCCAACAUCAUUUGCGCUCUCUGCUUCGGCAAGCGCUACGGGCACGACGACCCAGAGUUCAGGACCCUGCUCAGCAGGGUGGAGAAGUUCGGGGAGACGGUGGGCGCCGGGAGCCUGGUGGACGUCAUGCCCUGGCUGCAGUCCUUCCCCAACCCAGUGCGCAGCGUCUACCAGAACUUCAAAAACAUCAAUGAGGAGUUCUUUGCCUACGUGAAAAGCAAGGUCAUACAGCACAGGAACACCUUCAACCCUGAGGUGACAAGGGACAUAAGUGAUGCCAUCAUCAAUAUCAUAGAGCAUGGGAAAGACAGCACACUGACUAAAGACUAUGUUGAAGGCACAGUGACAGAUCUUGUAGGUGCUGGGCAGGAUACUGUAUCAACUGCUUUGAACUGGAUAGUGCUGCUGUUAGUCAAAUACCCGCACCACCAAACUAAGCUGCAGGAACAGAUUGAUAAAGUGGUCGGCCGCGACCGGCUGCCCUCCAUCGAGGACAAGAGCAGCCUGGCGUGCCUGGACGCCUUCAUGUACGAGACCAUGCGCUACACCAGCUUCGUGCCCCUCACCAUCCCCCACUCCACCACCACCGAUGUCACCUUCGAGGGCCUCCACAUCCCCAAGGACACUGUUGUGUUCAUCAACCAGUGGUCCGUCAAUCACGACCCCCAGAAGUGGAAGGACCCCCAUGUGUUCAACCCGUCACGCUUCCUGGACGCGGACGGCAACUUGGAUAGGGACCUGACCGGCAGUGUCAUGAUCUUCUCCACGGGCAAGAGGAGGUGCAUCGGAGACCAGAUCGCCAAGGUGGAGGUCUUUUUAUUUUCGGCCAUCUUGCUGCACCAGUGCACGUUUGAACGCAACCCUGCACAAGCCCUCACCAUGGACUGCUCUUACGGUCUUACUCUGAAGCCCCUCCAGUUCACAAUCACAGCCAAACUCAGAGGCAAGCUGCUUGGCUUGGUGUCGCCGGCAUGAAAAAAAAGACUGCUGCUAAAAGCAAUGUAGCUCAAAAGGCUUCAGGCCAGAAAGGACCUCAAAACUUUUAAGUUGCUCUUGUUGCAAAUCCUUUAACAGUGAGUAUUAGCAAAUCUGCACUGAAUGCUGUUUCGUAUUUAAAGAUGUUAAAUAUCAUAUCACAGUUUAUAUAUGAUUGUAUUGUGAAAUAUGAGGUCAUGUGUUUUUAAAUAUAAUUUUAUGUUAAGCUUAGUAACAUGACAUAUCAAGUCAGGUAGAUUAAAAAUCUCAAGCAUGAGUAAGAUGUGGAUGCCCAACAUUGUAGGGUACUAUCAAAGGAACUCCGAUGAAUUUCAGUAUAUGGUGAUUCUCUACAAUAUAAAUCAUUGUGCUUAUUCACCCUCCUGCAUGCAUCUAAAAUAUUUGCAGGACUUAUAUGAAGUGUGAAAUACAUAAAAAAGAUAAAUAUAAACAUGCUUUAUCUUGCAAGCAGGUGUUUGUGAAAGUUGUUAGGCUACACCUGAGGGUACACUGUACAUGUUGCAAAGAGACUUUUUUAAGUUCACUCAUAGAGAGCAAGUCAUUUAAAAUACAUUUAUACUUCAUGUGAGAGGUCUAUGUCUAUUCAGUAUUUGUAAUGGAUUAUAUGUCAGGUAUUGAAAAUGUACUUUAAACAUUUUUUUUUGUCUACUGUACACUCAAGAGCACAUGUCAAACCACAGAAAGUUGCUUUCCUCGUGUAGGGAAAGCUUCAUGGGUCAUUCAUUUAUGAUGGUAUCUCUUAGGACAUUAAGUCAGAUUUGAUUGAUAGGAAGUAAUGGGAGUCUGAGGAGCAAACCAGGAGACAAUGUCUUGACUUGUGGACCUUUUCAGCUGAGAAAGCACUGUGCCUUCAAAAGUGAGCCGACUCAUUCAAUAGCCAGUUAUGAAUAAACUACAUUCUGUGGAGAAAGACUAUAGAAAAGAGAGGGGGGACAGUGAGAGAAAGAGAGACAAGGAGGGAGAAAUGGAGAGAGAGAGCUCAAACACCAAAUCUAUAGCCCCCCUGUUUCUUAUCCAAACAGUUCUCACUUCCAACCACAGCCUAAGCUCAACUCGCAAAAGAUGAGAAGGAGAAAAACCUUCCCAGGAAAUGUCAAGACAUGACUUACACAUGUUUUCACAAAUGUGCUUUUGCUUUUGUUUACACCCAUGGGGCUUUGCAAGCUAUCUGAAAGUCAUUUCACCUGUGCUGAAAUGCAUGCAUUCAGGAAUUUAUAAACUUGUGUGUGAAGCCAAUAAACACAACCACUUAUUGAAUGUCCAAGGCAAGCAGUGACCACAAAAGAGGAUCUUAAUGAUGUUAUUGGUUUGUUUGUUUGUUUGUUUAUUGUUUACUAUUUGAAAAUAAGCUACGUAGAUCUGGAGUGAAUAAAAUAGUGUUUUCAAACUA